AUGGUUGCCUUAAUGCAAAAUCCCGCUUUUAACAAUAGAAUGCUUCAACAACAACAGCAGCAGCAACAACAACAGCAACAACAGCAAAAUGCUCAAGGUGCUAAUGCAGCUGCUGGUGGACACCAGUCACCGGUGCCCCAACAACAACAGAUACCGGCUCAACAGAUGUUUAACCAAAAUGGUCCAAUGCCAUUCCAACAACAACAACAGCAGCAGCAACAGCAGCAACAGCAGCAACAACAGCAACAGCAGCAACAACAACAACAACAACAACAACAACAACAACAACAACAACAACAACAACAACAUAGACUAAGUAUCAAUUCCAAUGCAGCAGCAGCAGCAGCAGCUGGUCAUAUGAAUGUCAUGCCUCAACAAUUGAAUCAACAUCAAAUGCUUGGCCAUCCUCAACAACAACCACCACCACCACCACCACAACAGGUUAAUGCCAAUCAAUUAGUAGGGGGAGGUAUACAAAGAAAUCAACAAUUACUCUCCACAGGAGCCCAACCUGCCAAGAACAAUCAAUUCAAUGCAAAUGGACCUCCAGCUUCAAACACCAUCCCUCAAACCUCAACUUCGGCUGGAAAUUCUCAAGGUCAUACUCCUCAAAUGGGUAAUAGAACUCAACCAGGACAAUUCAAUCCCCAAGUUCAAGCACAACAAGCACAAGCCCAGGCUCAAGCGCAAGCUCAAGCUCAAGCUCAAGCUCAAGCCCAACAACAAGCCGCCAAAGUAAAUGGUGGUACUUUACCAAAUACUGUAACCCCUGUAAUGCCUCAACAACAACAACCAACUCCUCAAAGUCAACCAAGACCAACUAAUGCAUAUCAAUCUCCAUCAGCUAUAAACUCAGCUCCAGCAUCACAAGCCAAUCGUCAACGUAAACCAGUGGCUCCAACUGUUAAUGCUCCAACAUCUGCCCCAACUAUUUCCACAUCAUCUCCUUCCCAAAAACAACCAAAUGCAGUAGGUACUGCAAACCCCGCUGUACCUAAUCCAACUACUAAUCCUACUAAUGUGACUACUAAUCCACAAGCUCAAGCUCAAGAACAAUUACAAAAUGAAAUUAAUGCUCGAAUAAUGAAACGAAAUAUGGGAAAUGCUGCUGUCAUAAGAGUAUUGGAUUUAAUUGAACAAAUUUCUAAUGAAUCAACCGCAUAUUUAUCUAAUAUAGAUUAUUGGAAUAGAGUCAUACAAGCAUAUUUCUUAGUGAAUUCAGUAUUAAGAGUUAAUAUAAUACCAGGUCCAACUCCAAAAUUUGAUAAUAAUAGUAAAGCAGGUGAUAAUAAUAAUACGAAUUUACCUAAACAAUUUGAAUUAACUACUACUAUUGCCCCUAGAUUCUUUGUGGCUAAUGUUCUUGUGGGUAAUAUUGCAAAAUUUAUGAUUACAUUACCAGGAUUAAAAUUUCAAAUUAUAAAUAAUGGAUCGGUAUUUAUAUUUGCCAAAUUAUCAAUGCAAUAUUAUUAUAAUGAUGGAUCUAAUUCAUCAGUUAAUGGUCAUAUAAAGAUAUUAUUAAAUCGAGAAUUAAGAAUAGAUUGGAUAGAUGUUAGUUUCUUAAAUUAUCAAAGUUCAGUGAAUUUCAUUGCUUUAGAAAGAAGAUGGAAACAUUAUGUCGAUCAACAACAACAACUGCAACAGCAACAAAAUAGUAAAUCAAAAGCUAAGGAAAAUGUUAAUCCAAGUGAAUUUUUCAAUCAAAUAUUUGAUAAUUCAGAAGCAGUUAAAAAUACUCCAAAUUCAGGUAUUCAUGAUGAUGCAAUGAGAGUUUUACAAGUGGGUGAUAUUAUGUCAAAUCUUCGAUCAUUAAUGGGAUUUGCUAUAUUUAAUAAUGUUAAUUCUCCCUUAAAGGCUUUGGAAUUAUUUAUGAAUUCAAAUAAUCAAUUAAUGGCUCAACAACAAUCACAGUUAGCUGCUAAGGCACAAGCUCAAAUGGCGUUAUUAAAUCAACAAGCUCAACAAGCUCAAGCUGCACAACAAGCCCAAGCCCAAGCUGCUGCAGGUACUCAAGCGCAGGGUUCAUCACCAUCUCCGCAUACGGCUAAUGCAGAUGAUCCUAAGGGAUUAAAGAAAAGAAAACUAAGUGUUAGUGCGGGAAGCCCAUUGGCUAUUGAUUCAACUGGUAGCAAACGAAGAAAGUAA